AAAUAUGGAUCACAUUAGCUUUGGUGCCGGGAAAAUCUGGCAACCCUGUCCCAAAUGUCAUAUUUGGGCCACUAGAAUGACAGUUGCGAUUCCACAUCGUCAAGAAAGUUGACACGUUUCGUUACGUUUACGUUUUUUUUUUAUGUCCUGGUUUCAUCGCGUAGCGGUCCGUCGACGCAGCUUCUCGAUUGUGUGCAUUCGUUGCGGCUAGAUAGUUUCACAGGAAUUCAGGAACGCACGGCGAAAAGAUCCCCGCUGUAUCGAAGCAAUAAAUAGUGCCGGUUUCGUGUAGAGUUUACUGAGGUUAGUUGCAAAAUGGCAGAGGAAACGAAAGAUUCCGGUUUCACCAAGGAGGAAGAGCUGUUGCUGCAGGAUUUUAGCCGGAAUGUUAGCACCAAAUCGAACGUACUGUUUUACGGCAGUGCCUUCAUCGUUUCGGCGGUGCCCAUCUGGCUGUUCUGGAGGGUGCAUCAAAUGGAGCUGCUCCCGUCGGUGGUGUUCUUCGCGAUCGUCACCGCACUGUGCACGUACCUGCUGGCAAUGGCCUACCGUAACACGAAGUUCACGAUGAAGCACAAGAUUGCCAUCAAGCGUGAGGAUGCGGUAACGCGCGAGAUGACCGCCCAGCUGGCCGACGAUAAGAAGAUGAGCCGCAAGGAGAAGGACGAGCGCGUGUUGUGGAAGAAGAUUGAUGUGGCGGAGUACGAGGCAACCACCUUCUCGAUCUUCUACAACAACGCUCUCUUCCUGGCGAUUGUCAUCUUCGCCAGCUUCUACCUGCUGCGAUCUUUCACCCCGACCUUCAACUACAUCUUCUCGAUGGUCGGUGCCGGUGGACUGUUGGCCCUGCUGUCGACCGGAAAGUCGACGUAAAUGGAAUUGCAAGAGCGCGCCGGUUCGGUGGAAUGUUCGCACGCACAUCUCCUAAACUACCUAGAGCAUUAUCCGGAGAGAUUCCAUCCUAUGUUAGUGAAUGGGACGGGCGCAAUCAAUUUUGCUUGCUAUUUUCCCCCCUUACAACAAACAAUACAAGACUCACGUACAUAAUUUAAACGGUGAGUGUAAGCGGGUAUACCCCGUUUUGGGUGCAUGCCUUCCAUUCACUGUUCAUGAACUGAGAGACAUUCAUUCACUGUUCCUGUACGCCGUACGGUUGCGUCGUUCGGCGACAGCAAAACAAAAAUCAUUCGAAGCAUCGCUCAGUAAAGAUUAAGUUACUAAAAUUA